AUGCCUAAACUUCCCCAAGAAAUAAUUGAAGAUAUACUUUCCAGGCUACCAGUGAAGAAGUUGGUGCAGCUCAAAUGUCUCAAACAACAAGAAAAAGCAAAGAAAACAACUAUUACUAACCUGCAUAAACUAUUUUUUGCCAAUUGGCCGUUUCAAACCAUUGAUGUUGAGGCGUUUUUUGAUGGUGAUGGUGAUAGUGUAUCGCAGCAGGUUGGUUAUCCAGCAAGAAGUGUUUCUGAAAAUUGGGCAGGUAUUGGAGGAUCUUGUAAUGGAUUGGUAUUUUUGUUUUGUUAUUCUAACGAUUUACUUGUGUUAAAUCCAACUACAAGAGAUUCCAGGGAAUUGUCGAAGCCUGACACUACUUUUACUAGUCAAGAUUCGGUCUUUUGUGGACUUGGUUAUGAUGUCCUCAUCGACAAUUACAAAGUAGUGGGAGGUGUUAUCUCUGUAGCUAAUAGUGGUUCCAAUUCCAAAGAAGCUAAAGUUGAGGUUCUUGAACUGAAAACCAAUAACUGGAGAAAAAUUUAG